UUGGUGGCUCUUAAUCUCAUCGCGGUUGCUGAAUUUGUUUUGAGAAAAAUGGGUCGUGGUUUUGUUUCUGUUUUGCAAGCAGUAGUUGUGCUUCGUUUUCCUGAUGGUUGAAUCGCUUCGUUUCAGUAGAUGUAGUCACUGAUCUCAACAGUUUACUUUUUCAUGUUGUGCUUCUCUAGUUGUUUGAAUGUGUGUGCAGCCUACUAUGGUACUACUACUUGCUUGAAUAUGGAGCUGGUGACGGACGCCAACUUCGACUGCUCCGGCACCGGGUUCUCGCUGCAGGCCAUGGACUCCUCUCGCGUCACGCUCGUCGCCCUCCUCCUCCGCUCCGAGGGCUUCGAGCACUACCGCUGCGACCGCAACGUCUCCAUGGGCAUGAACCUCGGCAACAUGGCCAAGAUGCUCUGCUGCGCCGGUAGCAACGACAUCAUCACAAUCAAGGCCGACGACGGCUCCGACAUCGUCACCUUCAUGUUCGAGUCGUCAAAUCAGGAUAAGAUUGCCGACUUCGAGAUGAAGCACAUGGACAUCGACAGCGAGCACCUCGGCAUCCCCGACUCGGAGUACCAGGCCAUCAAGUACUACCACAUUGUGAACCCUCCUGAUCAACAGAGGAAAUUGCUGCAUUUCAAAUUUGCAUCAGUGUGGCUGAUGCACACUAUUGAGUCAAUGUUUCAUACUGAAAGUUCACAGUGGGUUCCUGCUUCCAACCAGGACCUUCAGCCCGUGCUUGCGGCCAAGAGGCAUAUCCUUGCUCUAAACAUGAAAGAUCUUGCGAAUCCCAAUAUAAUGAAUAAUGAUAUUUGGUGCUGA